AUGACACGCGCACACCGUUCUGCUGCUACAGGUGAUUCGUUGCCCUUCUGGCACUCUCAUGUUACUCCGGAAACUAUUGCGGCAUGGACACGUCUUCCAUCGCCUAAUGUGAUACCACAACGACCCGCCGAACUUGGUGCUAGUUGGCAUUACCAUCUAGUUAUUGCAUGGUUUUACCGUGCCACUGCAUCUUUUACCACUUCGUCAACACAACAACGUCCUCUUUGGCCAGACGUCACCUUUGACGAGGCACUGUUGCAUCUGCCGCCCACACAAGAGACGCUCGAUACACCUGAUCCCUCUGUACAAACGGGCCUUCUAGAUACGCUACGCCUGCGUCUUUUGCAGUUAUUAGCAUCCGACCCUUCUGCUAUCUCAUUGGCCCAUUGGGACACCGCUGCGCGUUCGUACCUUCCUAGCACAUGUGCCUUACCCUGGGAGAGUGCCACACCCUGUCAGCAAUAUGAUAUGCUAUACUAUUUAGUACAUGAAGCUGAUCGUCGUCGACGUUCAGGCCCAUUGCUUAACUUGGAACAACUCACCACUAACGACGGAACACGAUUACUUAUAGCACCCAGUGUAGGAGCUCUUCUCGAGAAUCGACUAGAACCUUCCUCUGAUAGCACACUUUCUGUACCGAUCAGGUUACGCAACUGUACCAUAGCAGCACCUGGUCCAGACUUGUUACAUCUGGACUAUGCACCUGCCAUUGAUUCCUAUUUGGCAGCUCAAACGACACAUACAUCUGUCCUUGCUUCCGACUGGGACAGUUUUGUGGAAUACACACACAACUCUCGUAAUGAUAAACAACGCUUUGCCUUUCUAACUACUCAGCUUGAGCCAUACUUGCUUCAUCUCAUACACUCAUGUCGUUUGCUAUUAUCUCGUGAAAAAGCUGCCGUCAUGGAUGCCCUCUUGGCUCGUCGUAAACGUUCUUCAAGACUGGCUGCACGUGAAAACGGUGCUGCAUUACGCCAGGCGCGUGAUAAUUGGGAUACACUUCAAGAUAAUCGUACAGCAUUUCUCAAGACUCGUCAUAGAGCUCUCGCACGUCAUCAUUCCUCUUUACAACAUGUACUAAGUCGGAAACUUUGGGAUGCCUUUGACAAGGAUGUUGAAGAGCGAGUAUCACAGAUUGAGGCACCACCAACUGAGUCCUCACACAUUGAAGUCUCACCCACUGAAGUCUCACUCACUGGAGCCUCACUCAUCGAACUAUCAAACGUUGCCCCUGUAAGCAUCAAACCCUCGGAUAUCGACCAAGAUGUGCUGCUUCAUGGCACUUGUUUCCACACACCACUUCUAGAGGUCCCUCCUCGUCCACCGCUCUCGUCAGACUCUUCAUCCCCUGAAUCCGCCCCCUUAGAAAUACCCGCCGAGCUGGCUUUAACCGCUGACCGUAUCGCUCGAGCUGCAGAACACGGUCUUGAACCAGAAGAUUCACAAUUACCGCCAGAUACUCUUUCAUGGACUUUCCAAUGUCUGUGUGACCCAGAACCAUUACAAGUAUCUGGACCAGACACUAUUCCAGAAACUGCUCGUCACACAUUGCUCGUAUGCUGUGACGCAUGUCACGUAUGGCAACACUGGGAUUGUCAACCACAAGCACUUCUUGAAUGUUUAAUGGAAGCAUCUUCUACUAAUGCAAAUGCAAAUGCUAGUGUGUCUACUGGUACUUCCAUUUCUCCUCGUGACUUUGCAGCUGUACAACUCGGAAGUGAUCGUUAUGCUUCAGGCUCCACAUCACGCUCCGCAUCUCGUACCACAUCACGUUCUGCAGCACGUCGUUCUUCUCGUAGACAUGCUUCUUCUUCUGAGUCACUCAAUGAAUCCUCUAAUGAACUACCUACUGAGCAAUCUUUAUCUUGGCGUCCUACAGAAAAGAGGCCUCGUACCACACGUCUAUUUGUAUGUGGCUGGUGUGUUCUUACUUGCGAGAAUGAUAUCCGUGGCAGCUUUGCCAAUGAAUUAGCAUUGAAAAGAGAAAAAGAAUAUGAACAAGCACAACGUAAACAGAAAAGAGCAGAAGAGAAAUUAUUAAAAGAGAAAUUAAAACAACAAUCAAAGGAAAAGGCAAGAGAGAGGGUAAGAGAGAAGACAAGGGAAAAGGCAAGGGAAAAACAACUGCUUAGGGAAAGUAAACGAGAUACCAAACAUGAUAUCAAACGUGAUAUCAAACGUGAUAGUACCAAACGUGAUACCAAACGUGAUAGUACCAAAGCAAAUAUAAAAGUUGAAAAACCUUCCACUAAUUCCACUCCAUUCUGUAACUCCACCGUACAAACAAUGCUUCAAGAAGCUCCACAUCUUGCCAUUGUUCAAGCUAAACCAGGUACUCUAUUAUUAUUACCAAAUACUGUAUAUACGUUUGAAAAAGAAGUGCUCACACCGCCAUACGGUUCUCCACAAGCAACUCCAUAA